CCUUCAGCUGUUUUCUGCGUUUUGUGUACUCUCCUUCUUCGUACAAUAUUUCAGCCAAUCAGAACUCACUUCGCAACUACGUCAUUGGAGGAAAACAAAUUUUUGACAGCCCCAUGUCGUAACCUUCUCUUCUAUGAACCUUAGUCGAAGCUACCCUCCUCUGCUCAAAAUUCAUAAUAAUCGAUACCGAUAUAUCUACUAAUAUAUAUAUUGAAUAUCGGAAAUAUCGAAAACGAAAUAGUUAUAAACAUGAACCAUGGUUCAUGGUUAAAAAGAUAUCAUAUUUUUACGCAAAUAUCGAAACAAAAUAUUGUAUCGAUAUCGUAUCACAACACCUGGUAUCGAUAUAAAUUAACCGAUAUGUUGAACAACGAUAUCGUAGCGGAAUCGCGCUUCCCUAAAAUAAAUUAAUUUAGUUGGUCGGCAAAUGGUAAACAAAAGAAAUUAUAAGAAAACAAUAUGAUUUGUAGACUAUGUUUAUGUGAAUCAAAAGAUAUAUUGAACAUUUACACCGAGACUGGUGAAAUGGCUCAGAAGGAGAUAUUAAAGGUGGUGGCUAAGCAUUUCGCAAUUGAGAUCCGCUACGAUGAUACUGUGUCAAAUAUAAUAUGUUCGCUAUGCUGGGGUCAUCUGCACGAAUUCCACAUAUUUUGGUUACGUAUUGAAGAGAAGCAGAAGAACCUAGAAAGUCAUUUGCAGUUGCCUGAAAUCAAACGUGAUAUAGAAGAAAUUGAGGGGGAAACUAUCGUAUAUAAUGAAAUGCCUAUAAGUCACGAAAAGGUAGACACUGAAUUAUGUGAGCCUGAAAUAGAUAUAUUUGAUGGAGGAGAACCUGGAAUCUGUGGAGGUCAAACUGAAUUUGUGGCGGCUAAAACGGAAGAGGAUGAGUCAACGAUGGACGAUGAUUAUUUCACUGUUCCUUUAACGGAUUCACUAGAUCUUCUAUCGAAGGACAUUGAAACUGAGACGGAAAAAAUAGAUUCCCAAGUUGAACAAAAGUCCACACAUACUAAAGCAAAAGAAAAUCGCACAUUUGAGAUAGGAAAGAGUAAGAGAGGGCGCCCGAAAAAAAGUGAAAUCGCUAAAAAGAAAAAUCACAAUGGUAUUGAAGAAAAAGACAACCCAAAAAAGAAAAACAGAAGGGGUGGUGAAGCCAAAAAACCCAUGCGUUCGAGCAAUUAUAAAGAAAAAUUAAAAGCAAUCCAAGAGGCUGACGAAUUUUUGGCCCAAAACACGGAGCUGAGUUGUUACAUUUGUAAAGAGAAAUUGAAAGAUUUCAAGGAGCUUAAAAGUCAUUUUCGGCGGCAACAUCAGUGUCCCGGCUAUGCGGUUUGCUGCAAUCAACGUUUCCUGAAACGAACAUUUUUCGUUGAUCAUAUUCAACUGCAUAAGAACCCCGAUUUUUUUAAGUGUGCUAUAUGCAAUAAACAAUUAAUAAGCCGCAAAAAUUAUAUCAAUCAUAUGCUCUCGUUGCACCAAGCAGAGGAAAAUCUUCAAUUUGGGUGCAAACAGUGUCCGAAAAAGUUUUCCAAACAAUACAUUUUAGAUAGUCACAUACGCAUGCGCCACAUGCCUAAAGAUCACAUUUGUAAAUUAUGCAAUAAAGCUUUUGCCAAUACUUGGAUUUUAACUCAGCACGAGAAAACUGUGCACCUAAAUGAAUUUGAAUCCGUUUGCGACAUAUGUGGAAAACGUUUGAGAAAUGCGGCAAACUUAAAAUACCAUAUGGAUAACGUGCACAACACGGAACCCCGUCCUGAGGUACAAUGCCCAGUUUGUCUGAAAUGGCUAAAGAGUGAUCGCAAUUUGCGCAAGCAUAUGAUAUCACAUCGUGAUGAAGCAUCUGGUGAAGUCUUUAAGUGUCCUCACUGUGAUGCUGAGAAAACUACAAGGCGAAUACUUUCAUCACACAUACGCUAUCAUCACUCAAAUAGAGUUUUCCCUUGUCCAAUGUGUGCGAAAGAAUUUAAAACUUCGAUUGGACUAAAG